CCAGCCAAAAAAGUAAUCAUGGGACCGUUGACAUCACUGCUGCUGGUCGCCGCGCUGAUCACCUCACAAGCCGAUGCUGCCACUUGGACUCAAUGCAGAUACUCGUACGGUGAAGAAAAUAUACCACGAGGGUCAUCAAACGACUAUAUCGAUUUUUUACACCUGGACAGAUGCGGCAUAAACAACCUAACGGAGGAGGAUCUGAAUGGUCUCCCUAAUUUAAGUAUGAUUAGGAUAAGCCACAAUGACAUACCUUAUCUGGAUCCAGCCGUGUUUCGUGGUGUAAUACGAGUGAAGACCCUACAUUUAGAAGGAAACAAUCUUCAAACAAUGCCGGUCUUUGGUGCACAUUCAGUUCUCCCAAACUUAACAUCCCUACACGUAACUGGUAACGAAAUAACUAAAUUAGACCAUCCAAGAACCUUCUCUUCAACAAAACAGUUAGAAUUUAUCAUCAUCAAUGAUAAUAAAAUUGAGUUUAUACACGCAGAUAUGUUUUUUGGUUUGACGAAAUUGAAAUAUUUAUACUUGAAUCGUAACAAAUUAACUUAUGUAGACGAUAAAGUGUUUGCUUUGACCUCUUUGAACAGUUUAACGACAAUAUCAAUCAGAGAUAAUUUGCUGGAGUCCGUGGCGCCGGGAGCGUUUCAAAAUACUCCACUACAAGAGUUGUAUUUACAAGGCAACAGGCUCACACAUCUGCCUGAGAAUUUCUUCGCCACCGACGGAGCGCGGUUGACAUGGUUCUGCUAUCACCAGAACCCUUGGCGAUGCGCGUACUUGGACAAAAUCGUGGCAAGGAAAAACGAAGUGGAUCUGAAAUGUGUUUACUUUGGAGAAAAGCCGGUGUGCUCGCCGUAAUUAUUCACAGAUAUUUAGGUAAUCUGAAAUG